AUGGGCGUGUUCGGGGGUGUCGCUUUAGCGGAUACGAUCUCGCCGCUCACCUACACCAACGAUACUCUCGGUGUGGGAGACAAGGUAACAAUCAGCAAGACUGUCGUAAUCGAGGCCGCAGGCACGACCAGCGCAUUGCUGGACGUUAUGUUUCUUUUCGACACGACAGGCAGCAUGGGUGGCGCAAUCGCAAACGCCAAAUCAGCUGCGAGCAACAUCAUUACAGGCCUUGGCGGUUUUGGUAGCGUGACUACGGGUGCCGGUUUUUACGGAGAUCCGGCAUUUAACGGCGUGACGCAGGACCUUACCGGCAACGCAGCUACGACGAUCGCGGAAAUCAACACGUUUGCAGCCGGCGUACCGAACAAUGGCGGCGAUUUCGCGGAAAGAGGGAAUGAAGGCCUGAAAAGCGUCGCGGAAAAUGCUAGCUGGCGUGCUGGCUCCAACCGCUUCGUUGUUGUCCUGGGCGAUUCGUCCUUCAAGAACAGCCCUGUUACAAGUGCGGACGCAAAAGCCGCUCUUGAUGCGGAAAACGUCAAUGUUAUCGGUCUGAACUUUGGUGGCGGCUCAUUUGCUGGCGCUAUCAAUGCCGUCGGCGGGACCACGUUUGCCGGUGGAUCUACGCCGUCCGACAUCGUCGAUGCGAUUCUCGCUGGUGUUACCACAAGCUUUGACGAGUACACGAAAGUGACCGUCGACGAUCUGGGCGCCGGUUUGCCCGAGAUCGGUGUAUCCGUCGUAUGUACAGGUGCGGAUACCGGUGCUUGCGUAGGUGACACAGCCGAAGGCAUGUACGAUCGUUCGGUCGACCGUACCUUCACCUUCGACGUGACCUUCGAGCGUCUCGCAGCAGGCGACAGUUCCUUCGGUACACAUGCGCUUGUCGAUGGCGGUAUCGUCGCGACUGAAAAAGACUCUUUCGGAGGUUCCGCUGUUGUACCGCUUCCUGCGGCCGGUUUCCUGAUGAUCUUCGGUCUUGGUUCGCUGGCAGUAAUGUCUCGCCGCCGCAAGGCAGCCUGA